CACACACACACACACACACAAUGGGGAGAGAUUAAAUGACAGCAGGGGCUAUGAGGAUAAACCCACAGAGGUUGAAGAAGCAAUAAGAAUACGCUUGCGGUUUGAUUGACACACUUGUUGUCCAAUCGAUGCUUUUUAUAUUUGCGACAAUUCUGUGUUGGACCCUGGCAUCAGUUUUGCAGCGCUGACAAAUAUGUCGGUUUGUGUUCAUCUCGAGGCCACUGAUAUAACGGAUACAAGAGAAGAGCACAUCGUUCUCUCUGGAUGAUAUUCACAUGGUUUUCCUCAGCGGCUCUUCCGUGCAGGCGGAGCGACCUGCAGAAGACUGCUUUCUGUUUUUUAAGAAGUUACAAACCAAGCAGCUCCCACCGCCAGCUAACAGCUAGCUGCCUGUAGUGAAAUAACGUCAGACGUAUUGGUGCCUGGCUUGCUAGCGUACUGUAUAUCUGUAAAUUAGCCUAGCGCAGGGGGGAGCUAGCAGCCGGAGCAGGACCCGUGUAGCCCGCUGGCACCGCUCCAUGACUCUCCUGUGGGUCUUACUGGAUCUAACGAGUUGUCUGUGUGGACUCUACAACGAGGAGGAAACGGACAGUGGCUGAAUCCAUUCACCGAGUUUGGACUGUGGGAAACUGCCAAGCCCCUCGCAGGUGUGGUAUCCUGUCCAUGAUCCUGAUUUCCGGACUUUUUUCGUGACCCAGAAUGACUUGUUGAGUCACAAUACUGCCAACUCUUUGUGUGGUUCACAGACGCAACGGGAUCAACAUCACAAACAAGAAGGCCUAUGUUCAGCAUUGGAUGUAGAAAAUGUGCUUGCUGUUCUGUUUUCAAGAUUGGUGAGGGAUAUGUCAAACCUGAAAUGCAUCAAGAUGCUUAUGGCUAGAAGAGUCCCUUCAACACUCAAAGGCUGCAUUUUUUCCACAUUUUUGAUGAGGUCAAUUUUGGGCCAGACAGGCUGUAUCAUCUAAGGGAUUGUAGUGGGGGAGUGUUUUCCAAGCCUGAGUGACCUCUGCCUGGGAAGGAAAUAGAGGCAAGGCCCUGGACGUUUCUGGAGACAAGGGCAAAAGAAGAAAAGGGAUCGUUGCUGGGAGGCCAACAGUUACAUAACUGGCAGCCGCAGUUGUCCACCAAUGGAGUGGAACAAGGAGACCAAUGGAGGGAACUGAGUUGUUCUGUGUUGCCUUUGCUGGUUGAUAUGAGAAAGACCAUUAUCUGCUCUGUACAUGUCCUCCAGACAUGGAUGAACACUGUAAUUUUAGCUCUGUCUCAACAAUUUAAUUUACAUGGAUACUGAUGGGUGUUCUACUGGAUUUUUCUCACAAUGUGCUGGAAAGAACCACACCAUCACUUCCAGUUUCCACAUACCCAUUGCAGCUGGCAAGUGAGGUGGUUUAAAUCAGCCACCGGCGGGGUUUAGGGAUGCCCCGACACAGGAAAACCAGGCUACUCCACUGGCCCACUUACAGACUGCUGUUUCUAGUACGAGUCCUGGACUGAAAGCGAGGAGGUCUUUUUUUUAUUUUACAAGACCUUCUUUCACACAGCUAACCCUGCCCAGACUGCUGUUCUCUCGAUUCUGAAAACUUUAAAUUUGAGUGAAUAGGAAUCUCCACACACAGACUUAGCUUCAUUUUAGGUAUUAAUCUGCACUUUUUUAAGCUGAAAAAGGUCAUGGGGAAGGAAAAGGGAUAGCCACCCGAGACUUAUUUCUUGUACUUACUUCUCUCCUUUUACCUCUCACUUCUUUCAUCUUUUCAUUUCUUCCUGUUUUUCUUAUUAGUCAAUCUCGUACCAAACAGGUUUACCUCUGCCAACUCUGGUACCUCACUAAACUCCCAUUCAAAGACCAAACAAAUCAACUUGGACCAGUUUUGUGUAUUUUAGCAUAUGAUGUGACUUAGAUAGCACAAAUCACAAAAUAACUAAAUUUACGUGCUUUAUCAGAAGGGAUCAAAUGGGUUUUUACAUCUAAUUAACAGCCAUAUUUUUAAUUGCACUAUUAUCAUGAUUUUCACCAAGCCUUUAUUCACCUUGCUAUAUAUGUAGUAGAAUUACUCCAUUUUAACUGGUUUUUAGGGUCUUGUGUGAAAUGGACCUCUAAGAAUGAUCAGUUUCUAUUGGCUUUUAUGACUAUGGCUUGUGGAACACAGUGUUGUUUAUGUGCCUCCAACUUGUUUACCCCUUUAUAAUCUGUGGCUUAUUUGUUCAUCCCGCCUUACCACCUGCUUUUAAGGCUGACAGGGAAACAAGGCUUUUACAACAGAGAGACUUUUAAGCUUCUUUGAAUCUUACACACAGUAGAUCUGGAUUGACUUAAGAAUCUAAAAACAAGCACCACUCCUCAAAUGAAGUAGGGACUUUUUACUUUUUUCCACUUGAAAGAGGAAACCCUUCUCAACUGUUCCUCCAUUUCUUUUGUACACCUCCUUUGCAUUGUUUUCCUUUUGCCAAUCUGUUAUUUUUACUUUCAAUCUACAAAUCCACUCAAUGCAUGUAAAGAAACAUUUAAACUUUAAAGACAGAUUCCUUAGCAUAGCAGUUGCUGUACAUACAAACACCACACACAGGAAGUGAUGCCAGGUGUCAGCAGUAAGAGUGGAGGGCGGGGUCCAUCUUCGUCACCCCUCCCCCACACAGUGGUCCCGCCCAGCAGACCCCUGCGACCCUCUCGCUACGUCCCUGUGUCGGCAGCCACGUUCUUCCUCGUUGGUUCCACCACGCUGUUCUUCUGCUUUACGUGUCCGUGGCUUUCAGAGCGCUUCUCAGUAGCUGUGCCCAUCUACAAUGGAGUCAUCUUCCUGUUUGUUUUGGCUAACUUUUGUAUGGCCACAUUUAUGGACCCUGGCAUCUUCCCAAGAGCCGAGGAGGACGAGGACAAGGAGGACGAUUUCCGUGCUCCCCUCUACAAGACAGUGGAGAUCAGAGGGAUCCAGGUCAGGAUGAAGUGGUGUUCAACCUGCCGCUUCUACAGGCCACCACGGUGUUCUCACUGCUCCGUCUGUGACAACUGUGUCGAGGACUUUGACCACCACUGUCCGUGGGUGAACAACUGCAUCGGUAGGAGGAACUACCGCUACUUCUUUCUCUUCCUGCUGUCUCUGACGGCUCACAUCAUGGCCGUGUUUGGCUUUGGACUGCUCUUCAUCCUUUACCAUCGGCAGAACAUUGACCGCCUGCACGCCAUCGUCACGCUGGCUGUAAUGUGUGUUGCGGGUCUGUUCUUUAUCCCUGUUGCUGGCCUCACUGGUUUCCAUAUAGUGCUUGUGGCCAGAGGCAGGACUACAAAUGAACAGGUGACAGGAAAGUUCAGAGGAGGUGUUAACCCUUUCACCAAUGGCUGUUGGAAGAAUGUCUCUCAUGUCCUCUGCAGCUCACAGGCACCCAGGUACCUGGGCAGGAAGAAGUGUGUGCAAAGUGUGUGUGUGCAGCCUCCCUUUCUGCGGCCACAGCUGACAGAGGCCCAACUGGCUGCAAAGAUCCUGGACAACGGCAUACAGGGAGACCUGCACCGGUCCAGGUCAAGUCUGGAGAUGAUGGAGAGCCAGUCAUGUGAUGCUGAGCCGCCUCCUCCACCUAAACCAGAGCUCCGCUACCCUGGAAUCACCAGAGGAAACACGGAGGAGUGCAGUCUACUAAACAAAGCCCCUCCCACCCCCACCAUGUACAAAUACAGGCCCACAUACAGCCCUGGCAAGAACCACACAGCACUCACACAUGCUUACGCCAACCAGUUAAGUCGAGGAGAGAGCGUUGGCAGUGCCAGGGACUCCUCCUCCUCCACCUCCUCCCUCCUCCAGGCCAGCCAGCAGCCUGGUUUCCGCUCCCAGCCCAGCCUGGACCGGCGGGAAGCUUCAUCUGACAGAGUGGGAGGGGGAGGAGGUGGGGAGAGGAGGGAGGGAUGCAGGGAGGUGGUAGGGGGGGGCAUACCUGGCUACUCCCUUGGCGGACGCUCAUACCCCUCCUUCUCCGACCCCACAGUCCUAUCAGGAGUGGCGUCACGAUCUUCCAGCUCUACGCACACCUCAGCAGGCACCGCCCACAUCUCCGAAGCAACCACAACCUCAGCCAGCUUCAAGAGCUUGGCCAAUCAGACACCCCCGGCUCAACACGCGCCUCGCAAUGGGAGCCUGUCAUAUGAAAGCAUACUGGCUGGCGGUGAUGAAUUCGACAAGGGGGUGGUAGUGGGUUCAGCAGCCCCUGAGCUUUCCUCCGGGAGACCCUGCACACCAGCAGCAGGCAGCUACGGCGCCCCCUUCAUAUCGUCACAACAGAGAGAUGCUGAGAUGCACCCCCAGUUGUCCCAGUCUCCCCAUCACCACCACCGCUCUUCCCACCACCACCACCACCACCACGCCUUCCUCCAUCGCUCCUCCUCUUCCACAUCCUCCUCCCCACCACCUCCUCCAGAGAGGGAACGCCUACUGGGUGAGCCCCAACCUGGCUCUCACACCCUAUCUGCCAAUCAUGCCUCAGCCCCACCUCCCCCACAUCAUCACCACCACUCCCACCAUCACCACCACCACUCCCACCAUCAUCACCACCACUCCUCGUCCUCUUCCUCCACCUCCCACCCUCCCCGUUUCUCUGCCCCUCACGCACCACCCCACCACGCCUACCCCUACCGCACCCGCUCCACUGACACCCCUCUGGGCUCCUCCACCACCUCCACUACCCACCCUCCCCGCUCCCCACAUCCCCCACCUCUGGGCAAGUCGCUCUCGUACUCGAGCGCUGCCGCUGCUGAAAUGCAAUACCGGCUAGUCCGCAAAGCCUCCGCGUCAGCUGGAGCGAAUGCAGCGGGGGUUGGAGGAGGAGGUAUAGGAGGGAUGGGAGGAGGAGGAGGAGGAAUACAAGCGCCGAAGGAUGAGCUGAUCCAGGUGAAACAUCUGAGUCGGACCAACGGUGGUCAGCCCUUCUCAUCCUCUUCCUCCUCCUGCUCUGCCCCUUCCUCUCCCUCUCACCCACUCAGCAUGUCCACUCGGCCUGUGGUGGCCUUCCCCAGCUCAGCAUUGACGCAGAGCCCUGCCCACAAGCCCCAGGGCGGUGGGGUUAAGAAGGUGACGGGCGUCGGAGGCACAACCUAUGAGAUUUCUGUCUGAGUGGCAGCUUGCCGCCAGUGUGAGGACCAAUGAGACGAGCUGGAGAUACUGCGUUUCUUUCUGCCUUUCAGGGUGAAAUUUUGUGUUUUCUUCAGACAAAAGAACAGCGACUUACAUGAAUGAGUGGAACUAUUUUGUCCAGAUCUUACCCGUCAUUGGCAGCAGGGUUAAACUGUGUUGGACUAUCCUGCCUGCAGACACCCACCUCAGUAUCCUGCUGGGGAAAUGACUGGAAGCCUGGACUGGUGUGAGCCAGAACUCACUGGCUCUGGGCUAUGAAUGAUAUCACUGGACAACAUACAGACAUUUUGUGGGUUUUAUCCUCAUUGUAGCUAAGUAGGUAGCAUGAGGCACUAGCAUGGACAGGUCUGGGUGUUUUGAUGUACAAGUUUUGCAGCAGGAGGCGUUACCACUGCCAGGGUCAGGAGUCUGAUCUCCACUGGGGCCACCAGUCAGCUCUGCAUCACAAGGUUCAUAUCAACACAUUUGGACUGACUCUGCAUUUCGGUUAGAAUUUUUGCAGAUGUAGAACACCACUGAACACACAACUCCAUGAUAAGGAUGAUUCUACUAAUAAUCAACAGUCCUUGGAACCCUAUCAAAAUCAAGGAAGAAUCCAUUCAAGGUCAAGGGCUCCACAUAUACAAGCAGUUGGGUGUAAACUACCUGAAUGGUCAAUCAGAUGAAGGCAGAGCCAGGGUUUUUUAAUACAAGCUCUGGCCCCAGUCGUCAGUUAGACCUUUAAUGACACCAUGCACCAGAUGGAGCAUGGCCCAAGAACACAAGUUGUUUGUGUUCCCAGGUGAAGUGGGAUGCCUGUAGUCUGUAAGGCAGAGGCCAGCUGUAUCACUUACAGACUCCCAGUCAAUCAUGGAACUGCACAACACAACGCAGUGGCUCAGUCAUCAGGCAGUUAGUAGAUCUGCUGAGGACAAUCUGCCCGUGUGCAGAAGCAGCUCCAGCCUGUUGCUGCAUGAAUUGAGCUGCCUUCUGAUGGAGGGAGGAAAAAUGUGACAUUGAAACAAAACAGAAGAAGCUGAUCCCCUCUAUCUUUGAUUCAUUUGUUGAUUUAUUCCUAGAUGUGAAAAUGAUUCCAUGUUUGUACAGGAUGAUGUGAUUUUUUUUAAAUGUGGAUUUUUUAAAGAAAAAAGUGGCGUUGAUACUGGACUGCAGCAUGCACUACUAUUACUACUAGCCACUAUAGGGCCGCUGUGUUUGAACCAACAGGAAGUCAGGAAACUAAAGUGAAAAAAUAAAUAAUGUUUUGGCUUUUUUGUUGUUAAUGGUGUCCUUGAGAAAAGGCAAACUUUCCAGGGAACAGCUCAUGGAAUUAAUUUUCUAAAAAAAAUUGAGUGUUGUCAUUUUUUUUAUUUCACCUAUUUAAUUUGAGAUUGUUUUAUAUGAAUUUAUAUGGAAAUAUAGCUAUUGAUAAAUGAAGAAUUUUUAAUAUUGACUCAAAAGACAGUUUGUGUUAGUGUCAGAAUGGGGAUAAAAAGAAUAAAUCUAGUUGGUGUCAUUGUUGCUCCACAGUUGAUAGACUGUUUUCUUAGAAAGACCUAUUUCCAAUGUCCAAUGUUCCAAGAUAACAUUAGAAUAAAGGGGGCUGGAAUCUCUCCGACCAGAUGACUGAUCUAUAAGAUUUACAGUAAAAUGACAUCUACAGUAUGAGUAUGAUCUCUGUUCUUUCACUGAAUAUUAAGGCUACUGAUGAAACGGAUGAGAUUUCAUGAAUUAAAUGUUAAAACAUGGAGAAAAGGUUUCCGACAAGGUGUUUGGAGAUUAAAUAUCACUUUGACAUAUACUUGAAGUUUAGCUCAGGUUCCUUCCAAUUCUCUUGAUUCAACAUCGGUUAAUUCUUUUGAUUGGAAAGGACCGAAAAACGCCGCCCGUCUGUAUAAGGUCUCACAACUGACAGUUUACAUCAGAGCAAAACCAAUCCACAAGGUGGAAGGAUCUGCCUGCAGAGCUCAGAGGUGGAGAUGGCAUCAUAAACUUUCCGCUGCAAGUUUCCUUUAUGAUUCUCUGGAACAAGCAGGACUCUUCAUCGACCUGACUGUACAACCUGAUGAGAAGGGCCUUAGUUACAUAUCCAGCUCAGAACAGAUCAGUGGUCAGUCUGGCUGAGCUCAUGCAUGAAGACAGACUUGCAGAAGGAAGUUAAUUAAAUAAAUUGAAUGAGUAAAAGUCAUUACAAAAAUAAAUCGUAUUUUUUCAAAACUUAAAUAAGUCACGAAAACCAAAGUCACUUGCUUUGUCUCAAAUCAGAUACUUAAUUUCACACAUAUGAAGUACACUGUGUACAAAGUAUAAAUUUACCACUGGCACAGUGCAUGAAUUUGAACAGGGUAGUGGUGUUGGGCCGUUAUCCAUCCACAGUAAAUGACGAUCAAAAUAUGACCAUAAUUGAUGCCUGCCAGUAUAUUUACCGGCUACUUUGCUCACUGGGUGUAUGCUGCCUUCAAAUGGAACAGUUAGUGUGCAUGGUGUGUUUAGUGAUCAAGUGGUUCAUUUGUCCAAACACUGUUGCUAGGCAACAGCAGCAUGGUCACUUCUAUUAACAUGUCUAUUAACUGGCAGCAUCUAGAAGCCACAGUGGCUAACAAUUCAGCAAGCUAGCAAGUAACUAUAUGCCAGAAAUACAAAGACAUAAUGUGAGAGAGAUACAACUGUUGGAAUAUCCAGAUUUUCCUUCGACAUAUUAUAGAAUUACAAAAAAAAAGCUGACAAGAAUUAAGAACGUUAACUUUCUGUUUAAGAAGAGGGUGGUCGUCAUAUGGGCUGUUCUCUUAAAUGUGGUAAACACGACACCAUUUGAGGGCGGCAUUAAAAAUGCACUUUAUUACUUUCUUGUGUAUGUGUGUGUGCCGCCUGUUUUACAGACCGUGGACAUAACGGAGCCAUCGCCGCCCAUGACAUCUCCUCGUUCCGCCCUUUUCAGUUUGAAUAUAUAGUUGUCUCCUCUUUCCACUAAGACAAGACGGAUGGAACUUAUUGACUAAGUCCAUCAUCUGAGGACUUAGAUUUCCCCAAACUUGUCUGCAUGAAUUCACCUACACUCAAAAUUAGCAAAUAGAGACAGGACUUAUAUCAGAAGGAAACCCUCUAUCUGGACAAUAAAGUGUAUUAAUCUGAAACUGAAUUGACUUUCUAUAAUUGAAUGUCCAUGUUUUAGCAUUUCUUGGCUGUCAAUUUAUCCUGCGCAGUAUUGAAACAGUGGCCUUAAUACUGUUGUUAUAUUUAAAGUGUGAACAGGGUGUGUGAAUUUCCUCUGGGCUCCAAACAUUUUAAAAUUAAACCUCAUUUGUCAGAGAAGGUGUUCGAGAUACACUUAAAAAGAAGAUUACACAAACUUAGUUGGGCUAAAAAAGGUUUAAAUCCGAUGUAAAUAUGCCAUGGGAAAGGAUCUUAACUCUAAACGUUUACAGAUAAGACAUCUAGUAAGAGAACAUGUCUUCAGUGAUGGAAAAUGUUUGCUCAAGUUUUGAUGAAGUGGUCGACCUUUGUGAAACAGUGUGGUAAGGCUUCUUCCUGUCCCCCGCUAAAUGUUAACUAUCCUGUGUUUGCCUGCUCACUUUCCCUUGCCCACUUCCAGCUGUGGUUGUAGCUGACAGCUGGAUGGGUGUAAGCUCUAGCAGUGCGUUGCACCCUUUAAACUGAGAUUUAGUUCCACAUUAAGUUUACAGCACAACCUAAAUCUGACUUUGAAACUAAUUACACCAGCCUUCUUGUUUGUUUUUUUGCCCCGUUUAGUGAGAUCUUGUCUACAUUUAGUUUUUUUGCUGAGCAUUUGCAUAAGAUUAAUUAAUGGCCCCUGAACCAGCAACCUUUAUGUAACUAUGUCAUCACGAUGAUGUAACUAUGUCAUCCCUUUGUAAUGGCAGACAAGGCCAUUUUCUCUUUAAGUCUAUCUAUGGCCAUGUUGUCUUUGUCCAGAUUGAAAUACAAACAAGGAACAACACAUUACUCAGUAUUGGACAGAAUAUGACCAGUUAUAUCAAAUAAAUGAAGCACACUCUAGCGUCAGAGUGAGGGAUGUUUUCAGGAAAUGUGUCUUCUAAUUCAGCUUUGUUCUUCAUUCUGCUGUAACUUGUGUCCAGUUGGAGGACAGCUCUUUGUCUGAGCAGAAUGCCUGGUGGAUGAGGACAGGGGGCUAGAGGUGUAUGUUAGAUAGCACAGUUUUGGCACAGUUCCUAAGACAUAGCUGGGAAACUGAAAUACAAAUGAAAGAAAUGCCAAAUAUGUGGAUUGUACAGCUUAAUAAGUGUGUGUGAGUGUGUUUGUGGAUGUAUGUAUGUGGUGGCGGGGCUGGGGGGGAUUGAUAAUAAACCUUAAACAAAGAGGUGGAACACAGCUUGUUCUUUAUUUUGCUACUUUUGUUUAUUUGUUAAUCAAGUAUUUAAAAGACCCAAAUCAAACACGCUUCAAUGCUCCAGUGUUUCACUUCUAUGUGCUGAGAAUUUGAGGUAUUCACCUCUGAAGUGGAGGUGAGUGGAGCAAAUGAAAACUGUCACUGUCAAACGGGUCGCCCUUCUUGAGCUGUUAUUAUAUCAUCCUUAAAGUUACCCUGCUGGCGUUUUAGAUUGCAGAAGGAUGAAACAAUCCCUGUGAAGAUGGGUGUAGUUCAGCUCAUCCACUUUACUGUCCCUUACUGCUCAAAUUCAUGCAUGUCACCAAAGUGAAAAAAUAUUCAAACUCAAUCCUCCAUUUUAGUUCUUUUAGAUCUCAGUGCAGCAUUUGAUGCAGUGGAUCACCAUAUUUUAAUUGACAGACUGGAAAGGUGGGCAGGAAUCACCGGUGGGGCCCUAGACUGGUUCAGGACCUAUUUACCAGAAAGAACCUUUUCCAUAUCAAUCUCUGGCUCUGCUUCCUCCCCCUCAAGCCUACUGUAUGGUGUCCACCAGGGCUCAAUCCUUGGCCUAAUUUUAUUCGCUAUAUACAUGUUUGCCCUCUGUGGUUUAACCUGCAAACUUAAGAUCCACUUUCACUGCUACACAGGUGAUACAGAGCUCUACAUUCCCAUCAGUCUCAAUCAAACAUUGCAACACUGCACAAAUAGACAGACACCAAGAAUGUCGUUCAACCAUGUUAUUAUCAGUUAUGAAAUAUUGCUAAGAUCAGGUCUUUUAUUUCAGUAUCAGAUGGAGAAAUUAAUCCACGCUUUUAUAUUAUCGCUGGCUUCAACUACUGUAAUGCACUUUACACUGACCUGAAUAACAAAACAAUCCACAGAUACAGUUAGUCCAGAAUGCUGCAGCACAGCUUUGAACCUGUUCCAGGAAAUGUGAUCAUAUCAUCCCGGUUUUAGCAUCGCUUCACUGGCUACCUGUUCGGUUUAGGAUUGUUUUUUUAAAUUACUUUUGGAACCAGGCAUGGUCUGUCCCCUGGAUACAUUUCUGAUCUUUUAUCCCCCUAUGAGCCAGGACGCAGCCUGAGAUCCUCUGGCUUACACAGUUAGGGUUAAAAACUAUUUUUUUAUAAAUGCCUUUGCUCAUGUUUUUAAGUUGUAUUGUUUAAUUCUGCCUGCUGUAAAGCACUUUAUUGUUUGUAUUGAAAAGUGCUAUACAAAUAAAGUUAUUAUUAUUAUUACA